AUGAUUCGGCAUAAAAAUCUCAUCAGCGGAAUUAUAGUGCUUGUAAUUCUCUACUUUGGAUAUGUAAAGCUUUUUACUGCACUGGAAGAUCACGAUGAAGAAUUCAACCCUUUGAAGGAACUAGAGAAAAUUGAAAAAGAAGAGGCGGAAAAAGCCGAAAAUUUCUUAGGCGAUGAUGAAGAAACAUCGAAUCGAAUUAUCAAUGCUCUUAACAAUUUUUCAAUAGAAAAGGCAGAAGAGGUAGAAUCAACAACGGAUAAGCCAACAACCAGUUCUUCCGUAACAGAAGAGCCAAAUGCAGAAAAACAUGAAGAAAGACUUUUGCAGCCAAGAAAAUUGAUCCAAAUCGACCAAGAUAGUCAAAUUUACGACGAAGAUUUAGAAGUUAUCAGCGUUGAUGAAGAUAAGGAAGAUGAUGAAUCUGAAAUUCCUGAAGACCUGCCAGAAAGCGAUGAAAGAAAAAUUCCCUCUAGAAAACCCUGUCCAGACUUUGGUACAAAUUUUACGAAAAACCUUCACCCAAAAUACAAACUCGACGAAAACCGCAUCGUGUCUCACUUCGUCUCUAAUGGACCAAACAACCAAAUUGUCGAUUUUCGCCAAGGCUUGUUCUGGGCAAUAAAGCUUAAUAUUUCUUCGACGCUUCCACUUUUUUAUGAGCAUUUUACUAUUUCGAAGGCAGUAAUUGAGCCAAAGCAUAGAAUCAAGUUGGACGGAAGUUUGCUGUCGAGUGUUUCUCCGGAGGAAUUUGGCAGAAGAUGCAAAGAUCAAGAAAUUGCACUGCUUGAUGCUACACCAGACUCCGCAAAUCAAUUCCAAUUGCAAAAAGAACAGCGUCUCCCUCAACUUUACGAUUUUCACGGAAUCGACAAAGCCCACGUGACGCGCUUCCAACCCGUCGCACCCUCUAGAAUGAUUAAAUCCGACGCUGAUUAUCGAAAAAGAAGAGCGGGAAUUCUUAGCUACGAACGAGCUUGUAUAGAAUUCUACCCUUUACUCUCCGAUGUAACACCCCUCACGAGCAAAAUCCUCGACUUCGCCACUGAGCAUAAUUUCCGUUACGUGUUUCUCGCGCUUCCUCCGAUUGAAAUUCCACUUGGAAACGCGAUUUCAGAAAAAUUGGCCGAGCAAAAAGUCAUCGUAAAAAUGGAAGAUGCCGUGCAAAGUUUCGUCUUUCAAAAAUACCCAGAUUGUGAAUACUUCCGUGAACAUAAAGACGACAUGCUCUCACUUCUAGAGCAAGAAAUUGUAUUCAAAUCAUCCUUUUUCAUCCGCUCUCUUGCAUCGACCUGGUCCUCGAACAUUUACAGCGAAAGAAAUGCUAGAGGAGUGAACAACACUAUUUCCGUCCUGGAUCUUAUGGGAAUAAAUGUUUACGAGAAACCAGAAAAGUAG